AUGAAGCAUUGCAUUCUAGAUACUGGAAUAUCGGUGGCGUAUGAGCCUGAAAACGCCGAACCGAUUGUUGACUUUGUUUUCGUACAUGGGCUCCAUGGCCACCCCUACAAGUCAUGGACCAGGUCGAUUGAGAAGCGAAAGCCUUCAUCUUCAGCACUCGUGGAGAAGGUAUCUUCAAAUAGAGGCAAGGAUGUGAGGAAAAAUCCCAUCCGCCGUGCUAUAUCACGUAUCGGAAGGUCGUCAUCGAAGUCAUCGCCAAAGCCGGCUUCCCAGCCUGGCUCAAGCAAAGCAGAUGAUACAGAGAAAAUACUGGAGGCUCUUUUCUGGCCAGCAGAGUUGCUACCACUAGAAUGCCCGAAUUCUAGAAUUCUAAUGUAUGGAUAUGACUCAAAAAUAACUAAGUACACAUCCGGUGCAACCAACAAGAGCAGCUUGUUAUCUCACAGCAAAGACCUCUUGUUUUCCCUUGCUAGACAUGGGGUCCACAACCGGCCUCUCGUCUUCAUUGCCCACAGCCUAGGUGGGAUUAUCGUCAAAGAACUGCAGAUGCUUGGACGAUCAUCUUCAUCAGCGGAGGAUGACCUCCGCAACAUUGUCGAGUCCACCGCGGCCAUUGUAUUUCUUGGGACGCCUCACAGAGGCAGUCCAGAAUUCGCCGCCAUAGGAGAAUCUCUUCGGUCAAUCGUCAGCAGCCUAGGAAUGGAGACGACCCCGGCAAAUCUUGACGCUCUUGGCUUAAAGACUACUGAUCUAGAACGAGCGCAGGAAGCCUUCUCUACAAUCUGGAAUAAGUAUGACUUUAGAGUUAAAACCUUUCAAGAGAGCUUGAGUAUGACUGGUAUCGGGCUCGGCUCUCUUGGGAACAAGGUUGUGCCUGAUCACUCUUCGCUGAUUGGAGAUGUUCGUGAGCGGGCCGAGACACUUCAAGCAAAUCAUAAGGAUAUGUCUCGGUACAGCGGGCUUGAUGAUCCUAAUUACCGCAAGGUUGGUGGAGAAUUGAGCUUUUUAUAUCGGUCAUUAGUAAAUCUGAAUUCACAACUACCUAUCCGACCUGACGCUUCGAUCGAGCAAAAGAACCCGAGUUACAGUCCUUCCGAUGAGACGAAAUUGGACCACGCGAUGAAGAAUUACACACUCGAUUCGUUGUGGUCCCCAGCGAUGCAUUCGCGGUACCAGGACAUCGCACACCCCGCGGAUACCACAUGCUCAUGGUUAUUCAACCACCAACUAUACCAGGACUGGUAUGGUAAAAACAGCGGUGACAACCAAUCCGGGCUUCUAUGGCUCAAGGGGAAGCCUGGAACAGGCAAGUCGGUUCUCAUGAAAGAGGCUUUCCGUCUCGCAGUUCAGGACCAGAAAACGUCUAAUCAUUUGGCGGCGGCGUUCUUUUUUGAUUCCAGAGGAACCGAACUACCGGGUUCUGAGUCGAUCCUUUUCCGCUCCUUGUUGCAUCAGUUGUUACUGAAAAGUGACAAGUUAUUCUUGCUCUGGUGUGAGAAACUUCAAGAAGAGUCCACUACGAUCGAGUCUAUGCUUUGUAAGCCCCAAGAGCUGAAACAUUUCUUUCAACAUAUCGUUUCUCAAGACAGCUCAAAACGAAUUAUUCUGUAUAUUGACGCUCUUGACGAAUGUGAUUCGAAGAGCGUGCGGGAACAAGCGUAUUUCUGGCGUGAGAUUACCAUCAAGGCCCGAACAAGAGGAACGCAAUUGAGUGUCUGCCUGUCUAGUAGGCAUUUCCCAAACAUUUCUUUGGCGGGCUGCCCUGAGAUCAUCAUGGAGGGAAACAACCACCAAGAUAUCCAUCAGUAUAUUGAUGACAGGUUUGGGCUUGUGAACAGAGGCGAAACUCAGGAGUCUCCAAACCGUCUUGUUUGCACAAGGGGGCCCUUGGAUGAUGAAGAGGGACAAGAGAAAAAACUCAAGGAUGUCAUAUUCCAGAAGUCGAGAGGCGUGUUCUUAUGGGUUGUUUUGGUCGUCGAAGAAGUCCUUCGCAAUCGAGAUGACGGAAAAGAUUUCGCUUACUUGCUUGACAAAGUUCAUAUGGUCCCCGGGCCCCUUGAGAGCUUGUUCAAAGACCUACUGCAAUAUGCCAGCACAGAGGAGAAACGCAUUGCACUGGGUCUUUUCCAAUGGGCAAUACUUUCGGCCUCCCCUCUUCGGCUGUAUGAGUGGCAUCAUAUUUUAGCCUUCAUCCGAUUCCCAUCCCUGUCCUCGCUAUCAGAAUGGAGGCACAACAUUCAUUUUACCAAGACGGAUGAUCAGCUAGAGAGGCAAAUUAGAAGUCUUUCAAAGGGGCUGGUUGAAGUGAGAAGGAUAUCAGCAGACGAGCCCCAAGGAGCAGCGUUUGAUUCGCUGUCCCUAGACGCUGGAGCAGGCUCCCUAAACCUCGACUCAGGUGGAACUCGAGUUGUUCAAGUCAUCCAUGAAUCAGUACGUGGGUUUUUCCUGCGCGGAAAUGGGUUUGGCAUACUGAGUCCGGACUAUGUUGAUAAACCUAUCAGUAAAGCACACAUGGAAAUCAUGAACACAUGCCUCAACUAUAUUUAUAUCCAUGAACUGGAUGCACUUGUGGACGCACGGAAUCAUACAAAAAGAUCACCGUUCAAACGAACAAGUUCUACUAAACAGGUGCGACCUGACGAAGCAAGCCACGAGUUGGAGAGAGAUGAUUUAAACAAACCAUGGACCCGACACACUCCAAUUGACGGUUCAAGCCUCAAUGAUCCUAGGAUGCCGCCGAAGUUUGACAACCUCACGGUAAAGAAGAAGGCGUUGACUAGUAAAGUAUUGGAAAUUACGCAGGACCAGGUUUUUCCCGUCGACAUCCAUCUCUGGAUGUCGACUAACAAAUCCGCACUGGGCGAUCUUUCAACUGACGGAGCCCCAGCUCUCUCUAUCGCAAAUUCCUCAAUAUCUGGACUAUCCCAAACUCUGGAAGAUCACCCAGCUCUGCUCUCAUAUGCUACGCAACGGUUUUUCACCCAUGCUAUAUUGGCUGAUUUGUCGUAUUCAGACCCUCACGAGAUUCUACAUAGACUCCUAAAUAAAAAAGCGUGGUCACGUUUGAAAGCCCUGAGGGAAGAUAUUCCGAUUGGGUCCCGGAUUUUGGAAUAUGCCAGUCAACUUGGCCUUGUUUCGUGGGUCGCAGAUAUCCUUUUAUCCCAAAUUCAAUUUAUAUCUGGGGAUCUCGAAGACAUUAUCGCCACAGUUCACUCUGAAGACAACUACAGGCGACUUGCUUUGAAUUGUCCUCCCUUCCUCGAUGAUAGAUGGCGUCUUUCUCAAUUCAUCAUAGAGGACUUCAAGAAAACCUUUCCUCAUUCAAGUAACCGGGUUUUAAGGGAGCUUGAACUGAGAGAUUAUGUUGAAUACCCUGAAGAGCAGUCUGCCGCUCAGGGUGGAAAUUUAGAAAGACUCGUCCCCGAAGAGUAUUUGGUCUCAGCGAGAAGACCGAGGAAACAAAGAAGUGUUGAAAGUUUUGGCUCAGCCAGCAGCCAUUCUGGAUCUAUACAUGGCAUCUCUGUUGGAUGGAAUGACGGAUCUCUCUGGGGUACAACCACACCAGAAGGUUUGACUAGGCCUAGCUGGAUGUCAGACUUUCAAAUAUAG